CUCGGCGGGUAAAAGAUCCAGAGGAAGAAUAAAAGCUCUCCGUUGCACUCUUCCCUCUUCCCCUCCCCUUCCCUUUUAUUCAUCUAUUUCCUCCAUCUGAAUCUGAGGGAAUCCGGGGGCUCACAUGGCUUUCUCUUCUUCUCCGGCGACACCUUCAAUCAUCCCUCUCUUAUCACUUCUCUUUCUCAUUUUUCUCUUCCGCAUCUCCUCUGUUUUUGCCGACGAUGUCUCUCUCGAUGACGAUUCCGCUCCCAAGUCCGGAAAUUGCAACAAUCCCUUCGAAUUGGUCAAAGUUAAGAGCUGGGUUAAUGAUGCUGAGGAUGAAAUCCUUGUGGGUUUAAGUGCAAGAUUUGGGACUUUAUUGCCUUCUCAGGCUGAAGAUGAUCUCAAAUUGCCAGCUGUUUAUAUGAAUCCUAUAAAUGGCUGUUCUAGUUCUUCUUCAAAGCUAUCUGGGUCAAUUGCCUUGUCUACACGUGGUGAAUGCGACUUCACAAUUAAGGCAGAAAUUGCACAGGCUGGUGGUGCUGCAGCCCUGUUGGUGAUAAAUGACAAAGAAGAUCUUUACAAGAUGGUCUGCUCUGAAAAAGACACUGCUCUCAAUAUUUCAAUUCCUGUAGUAAUGCUUCCCAAGUCCAGCGGAGAUGCUCUUAGCAAAUUAAUAACCGACGGAAAGAGUGUGAAACUUCUAUUAUAUGCUCCAAAACGUCCGGUUGUGGACUUCUCUGUUGUGUUUUUGUGGAUGAUGUCUGUUGGAACAGUUGCAUGUGCUACACUUUGGUCAGAGAUCACUGCCGAGCAGACUGAGGAGCGCUAUAAUGAAUUAUCGCCGAAGGAAUCUUCCAAUCCUGGAGCAGCCAAAGAUGACUCUGAGAAUGAAACCCUUGAUAUUAAUGUUAAGAGUGCCAUUGUAUUUGUCAUUACGGCAUCUAGUUUCUUGGUGCUGCUCUAUUUCUUUAUGUCUUCUUGGUUCGUUUGGCUGUUGAUUGUAAUGUUCUGCAUCGGUGGUGUUGAGGGUAUGCAUUCUUGUAUAUUAGGACUGAUAUUAAGCAGAAAAGGCCAAAGUUGCGGGAAGAAGACUCUGGAUUUACCUGUAUUAGGGGAGGUCUCUAUUCUUUCACUUGUUGUGCUGCUUUGUUGUAUAACUUUUGCGGUCGUCUGGGCUCUAAAUCGACAUGCAUCAUAUUCUUGGAUUGGGCAAAAUAUUCUUGGUAUUUGCCUGAUGAUCACAGUCUUGCAGAUGACCCGAUUACCUAAUAUUAAGGUAGCAACAGUACUUCUUUGCUGUGCAUUUAUCUAUGACAUCUUCUGGGUGUUCAUAUCACCUGUAAUAUUCCAUGAGAGUGUAAUGAUUGCGGUUGCCCGAGGAGACAAUAGUGGUGGAGAAUCCAUUCCAAUGCUCUUAAGAGUUCCUCGCACUUUUGAUCCUUGGGGUGGAUUUGACAUGAUUGGAUUUGGGGAUAUACUCUUCCCUGGUCUGCUUGUUUCGUUUACUCGCAGAUUUGACAAAGCGCAAAAGAAAAGCAAGUGUAAUGCAUAUUUUCCAUGGUUGCUUGUUGGUUACGGCACUGGUCUCUUCUUAACAUAUUUGGGCUUAUAUUUUAUGAAUGGACAUGGUCAACCUGCACUCCUUUAUCUUGUCCCAUGCACCUUAGGUGUUACUGUUGUUUUGGGUUUUAUCCGAGGCGAGCUUAAGCAACUUUGGAAUUAUGGGACAGAAAAUCCCGUGCAUAGGGAACCUUCUGGAGAAGCUUAAAGUUGUAGGCCAUUUCAGAAUGUAACUGUAAAAUAAAUUUUUUUCCUUAUUAUUUUUUUCCCAUUAUGUGGGGAGAAGGGCAUUUGUUAUAAUGGUAAGGGCGUCUUCUUACACUAGUAGCAUCUUUUGGCUGUAUCCUCAACAAUUUCAUGUAUUUAAGAGUUAAUUUAUUUAUGAGGCAUCAUCUGAUCAAAA